AACAGAAAGAAAAAAUAAAAGAAGAAAAAAACAUUUCGAAACGGAGAAAAAUAUCUCAAGGAAGAUGGCGGGAUCUCUAACAGCAUCAACCCGCCGUGGAAACACGGAGGCUUCUUCAGAAAUUUACCGGUGGAUGAUCGGUUUUGCUCGGUUUGUUCACUAUCCAUCUACUCCUUCUCAGUGUCCAGGUCUGAGACCUCUCGGAAGGAGAGAGCUGUAUCAUUCGCCCCACGGAACCUGGUUCUCGGCGUCUUCUUCGACGCUGUCUCUCCAGAUGUUCGACGAAGUCAACAGAUCCGAUGUGAUUCUCUCCGUCAAACUCGGCGAGAAAGUCCUUGAAGAACACUACAUUUCAAAGCUGAAUUUCACAUGGCCGCAGAUGUCAUGCGUUUCUGGGUUUCCGUCUCGUGGUAGUCGAGCGAUUUUCGUUACCUAUACGGAUUCUGCAAACAAGAUCCAGAAAUUUGCUUUAAGGUUUUCCACAUGUGAUGCAGCGUUGGAGUUUGUGGAAGCUCUUAAGGAGAAGUUUAAGGGUUUAGAGGAAGCUCGGAACCAGAGAAAUGAAACUAGGUGUGAGGUGGUUUCUUUCCAGUCAGAUUACAACCCUUCAAAUGCGAUCAUCCCCAGAGCAAUUCAGAAAGAGCCAAAUAUGGUUAAACCUAUUAAUAGUUAUGUUCCUGAAAUGCAACCAAGAAUUGAGUAUGAAGUUCAGAACCAGAAAAGUGAAAUUAGGUCCGAGGUUUCUUUCCAGACAGAUUACAACCCUUCAAAUGAGAUUUUCCCCAGAGCCAUUGAAGAAGAGCCAAAUAUGGUUAGAUUUUUUGAUAGUUAUGUUCCUGAAAUGCAACCAAGACCUGAGUAUGAAACUGGAAGAGCCUUAUAUCCAUCACAAUCCACGCUAAAUCAAAUCCCGAAUCUCCCUCCGAGUUUCACCUCCUUACUCUCUGGUUGCUUCCCUGACUCCACUCUAGAUGCAGGCCAAACACCUGUGAAGCAGGAUCCUGAUCUAAAGUCACAGAUACUGAGGUACAUGGAAGAUUCUUCAUUUCAAGAUAUGCUGCAGAAAGUAGAGAGAAUUAUCGACGAAAUUGGAGGUAACUGGAUUAGCUGAGAUUCAUCAUACAGUCAAUAUAUAUAUAUUUGACUAGAUAUCCAUCUUAUUUUCCAUUUCUACUCUUUUGUUCAUUCAAUAUAUAUACUGUUUAAACAAUUGAGAUUAAAAGAACCAACCAACAUUGGUGAAGGACAAUGUAUUUCUUUUUUCUUUGUUUUGUUCAACUGAGGACAAAUGUAUUAAUUUGCUUUAUUUUCAUCCAAAAAAGCAAUUAGCCAAGAA